AUGGCAUUCGGCGGCUUCUUCGGCGGCGGCGGCUCGAACGACUCAUCUUCCUCAUCUUCCUCAUCCUCUUCCCCUACCGACACAUCAUCUUCCAGCACCACUACAAUAUCAUCACCAUUCUCCAAUGCCUCCUCAUCCUCCGCACAGCCGCCGUCCGAGAUUCGGCAGAAGAUCCAAAAUGCGAUCGCCAUGCAGUCGUCGGUCGAGAACGCCAAGUUCCUGAUCCAGAAGGUCAACGAGAACUGCUUCGAGCACUGCAUCCCGGCGCCGGGCUCGAGUCUGAGCUCCAAGGAGCAGGGCUGCUUGAGCUCCUGUAUGGAGAAGUACAUCGAGGCCUGGAAUUUGACGAGCCGGACGUACAACAACCGCUUGCAUCGCGAUUCGUUGGCCGCGGGUGGACCGGGACUUGCUGGUGCGGCGGGCGGCUCGAAGGAAUUGUUCUAG